GCGGGAGCAUGAUGGAGAUGGCGUCUGCGGACGGCGUGGUCGAGGAAGCUGUCCCGGCUGCGCGGCGUAGCAGCGGGAGCAGAGGAGCCGCCUUGAACAGCCUUGUCAACCGCUUGCCGCUCACGCCGUCGCUUUCCCCAAGGAAAAGGACCACCAGCCAGUCGAAAACGGAGCCGCCGCUGCUUCGGACUAGCAAGCGCACCAUCUACACGGCUGGACGGCCGCCCUGGUACAACGAGACGGGCACUCCUUUCAAGGAAGCCUUUGUCAUUGGCUUGUGUGGUGGCAGUGCAUCUGGCAAGACUACAGUGGCCAACAAAAUCAUUGAAGCACUAGAUGUGCCUUGGGUGGUGCUGCUCUCCAUGGAUAGCUUCUACAAGGUACUGAACAAAGAACAGCAAGAGCAAGCUGCCCGUAAUGAAUACAAUUUUGACCAUCCUGAUGCCUUUGAUUUUGACCUGCUCAUCAGUGUCCUACGAAAGCUGAAAGAGGGCAAGAGCGUUAAAGUUCCUGUUUAUGAUUUUACCACACAUAGCCGGAGCAAGGAGUGGAAAACUAUCUAUGGGGCCAAUGUAAUUAUAUUUGAAGGUAUCAUGUCAUUUGCCAAUAAGGAGCUUCUACAGCUCCUGGACAUGAAAGUUUUUGUGGACACAGACUCGGAUAUCCGGCUUGUGCGGCGGUUGAAGCGGGACAUCAUGGAACGAGGGCGGGACGUGGCAGGUGUCAUCAAGCAGUACAGCAAGUUUGUGAAGCCGUCCUUUGAGCAGUACAUUGAACCUACAAUGCAGGCAGCAGACAUUGUGGUGCCUCGAGGUGGAGAGAACUUUGUGGCUCUGGACUUGAUUGUUCAGCAUGUUCAUAGUCAAUUGGAAAAGCGUGAAAUCACAGUCAGAGCAGCCUUGGCCUCUGCUCAUCAGGGACAACCAUUGCCAACAACCUUAAGUGUCUUGGAGAGCACACCGCAGGUUCGGGGGAUGCACACUAUUAUCAGGAACAAGGACACCAGCAGGGAUGAAUUCAUAUUCUAUUCCAAGCGUCUCAUGCGACUGCUGAUUGAACAUGCCCUUUCUUUUCUACCACUCAAGCCAGUUACUGUAGAGACACCACAGGGAACAAUUUAUGAUGGGAAGAGAUUCCAUAGGCAACGGAUCACUGGAAUCUCCAUCCUGAGAGCAGGCGAGACCAUGGAGCAGGCUCUUACAGCUGUCUGCAAAGAUAUCCGCUUAGGAAAGAUUCUCAUCCAAACCAACCAUGACACGGGGGAACCUGAGCUGCAUUAUCUCCGGCUGCCCAAAGAGAUCAGUGAAGACUACGUCAUUCUGAUGGACAGCACUGUGUCUACUGGAGCUGCUGCCAUGAUGGCUAUUCGGGUGUUGCUGGAUCAUGAUGUACAAGAGGACAGGAUCUUCUUACUGUCUCUGCUGAUGGCAGAGAUGGGAGUCCAUUCUGUGGCUUAUGCUUUUCCCCGUGUACGUAUCAUCACCACUGCUGUGGACAAGAGAGUCAAUGAGGAAUUCCACAUCAUUCCUGGCAUUGGUAAUUUUGGAGACCGUUAUUUUGGCACAGAUGGCACCAUCCCCUGGUAUGAGAAUGACGACAUGGAUUGCUGACCUGAUUCUGCUGGACAAGGCUUUGUUUCUUGAAUAUUGGGCGUUUCUUCUUGGCUUGACUAUGGGCAUAAUGCUAUUGCCUUGGUCCUUUCUUUUCAUAAUUACAAGCUCUACUAGACUGCUCAGCAAUGGUGCGAUUUUGAUAGCACUUCCUGCUAUAAUACCCCAACUGGGAUGGAAACAUUGCUGCUGCUGCUACUACCUUCCCAUUCACUGUCUCCAUAUUUAUUGGUAUUUAUUGGGGCACACGUAGAACUGUAGUACUGCUUCCCAUCCUUUCAGUGCUGAUUAGCUUCAGCAGCAUCUUGUCCCCUAUCAAGGAUGCUGUAAGAAAAUUAUCCCUGCAAAUCCAUUGGAUUUUUCACUGACCUGGUGACCUACUGUUCCCUUUUAUAUGUGUUUCCUGACUGACUGACGUGCAAUGCAAGCAGGCUUCUGCACUUUGGCCUGGGGUUCCUCUCUAAAAAAAUUUGAUGCUGACUUAUUCAGGAUCCUGUCAUCUUGAUAGCUGUGUGUAAAUUGCACUUGUCCUCCCUAAUUUGUGACUGCACAAGCAUUUGGGACCACAGCGUUGCAAUAAGGGACCUCAUACUAGAGGUAAGUGCUCUAUGCCCAAAGUCAGUACUAUUAUGAGGGAAAGCCAGAGCUACAUUUGCCUUCCAAACUGAAAGUAACUAUUGGCCUAACAUUAAGCCCCCAGCCUGCAUUCCCUUGUCCUGAUCUGUUUUUCAGGACUGUACUCAGCUGACUUGUUUUUUUAAUGCCAUAAUAAAAAUUUACAGUGGUA